UCUCCCCCAAAAACCAUGGCUUCCCCAUCGCUACUAACCCCUACCCCCAAGCUCCAACCCCUCCUCCCCACCUCCGCCGCCCCACCACCCUCUCCUCUGCCGCACCAAAACCACCACCAUCCUUCACGUCGCCACUUCUUGUCUCUUUCCGCCGUCACUACCGCAACACUAUCUCUUUCAUCGCUUCUACCAGUGACACCACCGCCGGCAUUCGCAGCCGACGAUGAGGAGUACGUAAAAGAGACCUCCGACGUCAUCAAAAAAGUGAGGAACACCAUCAACAUGGACAAAAACGACCCUAACGUGGCCACCGCGGUGGCAGAGCUUAGAGACACGUCGAACAGUUGGGUGGCUAAGUACAGGAGGGAGAAAGCUUUGUUGGGUCGACCUUCGUUUCGUGAGAUUUAUUCGGCAUUGAAUGCUGUCUCGGGACAUUAUAUUAGCUUUGGGCCGACGGCGCCGAUUCCGGCGAAGAGAAAGGCUAGGAUUCUUGAAGAGAUGGAUACCGCCGAGAAAGCUUUGUUGCGAGGAAGAUGAUGAAAUGGAUCAACACACAUGUUGAUUUGCUGCUUAAAACUUUCGAGAUUUUAACGGCUUAAAAUAGUUAUUGAAUUUUAUUGAGUUUGAGAUUGCAAAUUUGCAAAUUGGUGAUUCAGUUUGUAAAUUAUGAACAAAAAUGAUGAUAUUAUUGUAAUUCAAUGCUGAAAAAUAAAAAUGGUCAUCACACUUAGCUCGAUGAA